UGGGGGAUACUUUACCUGUAACCGUUCACUGCUCAGGAGAAGGCCAACACGACAGUGGAGAGGUCCAGAGGAGACAUGGAGGCUGCCUAUGUUAAGAAAGCUACAGAGGACCUUCAGUCGCACACUAAGAGAUUCCAGCAUUAUUAUGACAGAUACAACAAUCAUCUACACAGUCUGGAUAUUGAAAUGAAGUUGCUUCAAGAGUCGACUGGUAAGAUGAGAGAACUGGAAAGACUCGGACUGGCUCUCGACAAGAAAGUGGCUCGGGUCAAAGGUCAAUCUGAUGCCACCAUUGGGGUGAACUCUCCCCUCACUCCACAAAAGAAAAUCAGUGUUUUCACAACUGGAGAAGCGAAAAACUUUCUCGACGAUAUUUUCCGAAUUCUGCUGAGAGCGAGGAGAAUCAGACAGCAGAGUACGGGCAAACUAGAGGAAGCAGUGGAGGUUGUCUCGGAGAUGGUCAAUAGACAAUACCUCCAAACACCACGCUCCAAAGCCGCUGGAAACGUCGACUACCUUUGCAGCGAAUAUCUCACCAAAAUGUCUGUGUUUGCGACAAUCGCCGAUCUGGCAGUAAAAGAAGCGGAAAAGCCUCCACCUCCGCGUGCCACCCCGCCCCCUCGUAUGGGGGUGAUUCCCCUCGGCUUUGGACCAAACGUUCCCGACCAACCGGAUGGAGAGAGGAGCUUCCGUUUGAUUGGUCUAUUGAAUCCCGAUGGAACAUUGCAUGUUUUACGAGUACCAGAAGAGGAGUUUCAAUUUCUUAAGGCCCCAGCAGACUAAUUAGCGUUAUGUGAAUGUACUUGUGAACUACAUGUAUAUAAUAAUUAUGAGUAUUCUGUUCAACAAUUUAGCUGUGUGUGUGUAUGUAUAAACAUGUUAUUUUUCAUGUUGUUUGCACAGUCGUCAUUAAUAUUUUGUUAUUAAUUAAAAGGCACCUC